AAUGGGGCUGUGAGUGUGACAGGGACAGGGAACGGGGCUGUGAGUGUGACAGGGACAGGGAACGGGGCUGUGAGUGUGCUGGGGACAGGGAACGGGGCUGUGAGUGUGACAGGGACAGGGAACGGGGCUGUGAGUGUGCUGGGGACAGGGAACGGGGCUGUGAGUGUGACAGGGACAGGGAACGGGGCUGUGAGUGUGCUGGGGACAGGGAACGGGGGUGUGAGUGUGCUGGGGACAGGGAACGGGGCUGUGAGUGUGACAGGGACAGGGAACGGGGCUGUGAGUGUGACAGGGACAUGUCAGUGUGCUGGGGACAGGGAACAGGGGUUUGUGAGGGCCCAAGGACAGGUGACAGGGUUUGUGAGUGCCCAAGGACAGGUGACAGGGUUUGUGAAUGGCCAAGGACAGGUGACAGGGUUUGUGAGGGCCCAAGGACAGGUGACAGGGUUUGUGAGGGCCCAAGGACAGGUGACAGGGUUUGUGAGUUGCCAAGGACAGGUGACAGGGUUUGUGAGGGCCCAAGGACAGGUGACAGGGUUUGUGAGUGGCCAAGGACAGGUGACAGGGUUUGUGAGGGCCCAAGGACAGGUGACAGGGUUUGUGAGGGCCCAAGGACAGCCACAGUGCUGCACAGGAGCACUGAGAGCAGGACACUGAUGCUGACACGUGUCACAGGUGAUGGGAAUCAUGGCAUGGCUGGGGUGGGAAGGCAGCUCCCAGAUCCUCUCAUCCCACCCCUGCCAUGGCAGGGACACCUUCCAGCACCCCAGGGGGCUCCAGGCCCUGUCCAGCCUGGCCUGGACACUUCCAAGGAUGGAGACAGAAAUAUUUCUGUCUUCCCAUUUGAAGAAGGUGACAGCACCACAGACCAUCCCACAGCCCUGAGCCUGAAGGAACACAAUGCCUCUCCUCCUGUGCCCAGAGCCCAGUUUGGGACCCAAGGAAAAGCAGCAACCCCCAGACUCAGUCCACAACUGAGGACAAGCCCUGGCAGGGACCAAACCUCGGGAUGUUUAUCAGAAAAGGCAGUUUGGGGCACAGCAAGCAGGAUGAGAGGUUGGUCACCCCAAAGGAGUGCUUGGGGCCUGCAGCCUUGCCAGGCACUCUCCUCAUUUAUGGACAAAGUAUUUUCCACAGAAAACCCAACAACUGCUUUAUUUUUAGUCACAGUUAAUUUUGAAGAAAAAACCCUUAAACUAGCUGUAUGUAAAUGAAGCAGCUGAUUUCCAUCAUUCAGCCUUGGAGCUUAAAAUCCCACAUAGUGUUGACAUGAAAGAUGCUGCUAAUCUGUCAACAGCUUUUGCUAAUUAAACAUUCCUUUUAAGUGCACUCUGUUUUAUACCAUCUGCUGGGCUGGAUCAUCCUGCAGGGACUGUUCAUUUGUCUUAAGCUGGGAAUUCACAACUGAAAACAGCAAUGACAAACUGGGAGGUGCUCAAGUGCACAUCUGAGUGCCACAGACACCCACUGGGGGCACUGGCAGGAGUGAGCUGUGCUGCAGGGAUGGGAUGGGAUGGGAUGGGAUGGGAUGGGAUGGGAUGGGAUGGGAUGGGAUGGGAUGGGAUGGGAUGGGAUGGGAUGGGAUGGGAUGGGAUGGGAUGGGAUGGGAUGGGAUGGGAUGGGAUGGGAUGGGAUGGGAUGGGAUGGAAUGGAAUGGAAUGGAAUGGAAUGGAAUGGAAUGGAAUGGAAUGGAAUGGAGCUCCUGCACCCCUGGCACCCCCAGGCACCCCCAGGGAGCUCCUGUGAGGCCCAGCAGGCACACCCAGCUGGCACUGUGCUGCUGGGACUGAACACACAGCCCCUGAGCCUCUGCAGCUCCCCCCAGCCCCUUCCCAGGGUUUUCACAGGGCACAGAAAUGUGACCCAGAGACUUGCAGGCAGUGAGAUUCUAACCACCAGGAAGUGCUCUCUUGACUUCAAACAGAAGUGAAUCAGAACAGAUACUCAAUUCCAGCAUGUUCAACUUGUCAACCUCACCUACAGCUCUGUCAACAAUGUCAUAGGAGAUCAGCUUUAACUUUCCAUAAAAAGCAGUCCCCUCUUUUUUUAAAUUUUAAAUUAAAAUAUAUAUUUACAUAUUCCUUAGAAUAAAGAUAUUCAGUUGGGCAUCUGUGGAUUCUUGGAGGACCCAGUUAUCAUUUUUCAAGGAUCCACAUUCACUGACCAAACUGUGCUUCCCAGAACUGUGGGGAUUCUCCAAGGAUCUGACUUUGCUGAGGCAUUUGCUCCUCCAGGAUUCCACCCACUGCAAACUACAGACCUAAACCCAUCCCAGGGACUUCU